AUGGCUGAAGCUUCGUUUGCUCAAUCUGUUCUCAAUGCGAGCCCCAAUGAGGGCCCUUGGGAACAGUACAAGAUCUCCCCAGCCUCGAGGACGGUUUACCCUACCAAGGUGUACUCCACCGAGGGAGUCACUCAAUUCGCCGAGAACCUAGUUGGAAACACCGACACCAUCGCCUAUCUCAAGGGCGAGGGCGCUGCAAUUACUCUAGACUUUGGUUUUAACACGUGUGGUUUUUAUGCCGUUGAGUUUGGUGCAGACUCAACCGAGGGUCAGUCCGUCCACCUUUCGUUUGCCGAGUCCAACUAUUUUAUUGACAAGGACAAUGCUGACAGAAGUAUGGACUUCCUCAUUGAGGACAAAACGCUGGAAGUUCCUGUUAGUGAGGGGCUGUACGUGUGUUCUCAUGCGCUCCAGAGAGGAGCCUUUAGAUACAUGACGAUCUCUACUAGAAAGCCGGGCAAGGUUAGCAUCAAAAAGGUACACACGACCAUGAACAACAUGCCAUCUCUGGGCGACAACUUGAGAAACUACAAGGGUUAUUUCUACUCGAGUGACGAUUUUGCUAACACCAUCUGGUACGCUGGAGCUUACACUGUUCAGCUAUCGAUCAUCCCAACCGAUACCGGCAGAAGAAUGGACAUUGUUUCUCCAGCUACCGGCUGGUCCAAUGAUGUUCAGUGUGGAUUUGGUCCUGAAGUGCUUGUCGAUGGUGCCAGAAGAGAUAGAACCAUCUGGGCGGGUGACAGAGGUAUUUCUCAGCUGACCGAGUACAUCACCUUCAACAGUGAAUGUAGUGUUGACUCUACCACCUGGAUUCUGGCCCACCAGACGCCAGAGGGUCGUUUCCCUUACGCAUGUGAGCCUAUAUUAAGUUACAACUCGGACACAUACCAUUUGUGGUCAUUGAAGUGUAUCUACUCUUCCGUGUUCCUCAACAGCGCUUCCUUGGAGUGGCUCAAACAGGUGUGGAAGAAGUACACGCUUGCCAUUGAGCUGAUCUGGAAACAGGUUGAUGAGACUGGAACUCUCAAAAUUGACGGAGCUGCUGAUUGGGGUCGUGACAUGCUUCAAGGCCAUUCUACCGCCUGUAACUGUUUGCUCUACAUGGCACUGGUCGAUGGUGCUGAGUUGGCUGGUCUUCUGGAUGACAAGGCACACGCCGAGGAGUACACCUCCAAGGCUGAGGGCUUGAAGAAGGCGAUCAACUCCUACCUUUGGGACGAGAAAGAGGGUCUUUUCUUGGACACCGACGAGCUGGAAAUCCACUCUCACGAUGCCAAUGCCCUUGCCAUCUUCUACAAGGUGGCCACUGAGGAAAAGCUCGAGAGAAUCUCGAAGAACCUUACUAAGAGAUGGACUCCAUACGGUGCUCAGGCUCCAGAGAUGCAAUACUGUGUUUCGCCAUUCAUUAGUUCUUUGGAAUUGAUGUCGCACACUUUGGUCGGUCAUCCAGAGAGAUCCUACGAACUCUUCAAGACUAUGUGGGGAUACAUGUGGAAUGCUCCAUACAGUGUGCAGUCCUCGCUCAUUGAAGGUUACAACGGAGACGGUACUUGCAAAUAUCCUUUCAUUGGUUAUGACCCUGCCUACAUCUCCCAUUGUCACCCAUGGGCCAGUGGUCCUACUAUCUGGCUCACUAACCAAAUCGUCGGUAUCAACUUCCUUGGAAACGAGCACAAAGAGUGGACCUUUGCUCCUGAAGGUGUCUUUGCCGAGGGAUCCGUCGAGUUUGCCCAGGCCGGUUUCUCUUCCAAGACCGGUGGUUACAUCACAGCGGGUUUCAAAAAGCACUCUGCUGCUGUCUUGCAAUUGGUGAUUAAGGCACCUGCAAACACAACCGGUUCUAUUGGAAUCCCUGUUAAGACCGACUCCAAGAUUGCUCAAGUUGAGAUCAACGGUAAGCCAGUUGAAGUCUCCAAGGUUUCUUCCAACGGAAGACACUACUUGAUUGAGGGACUGGCCGCUGGUGAGUACGACGUGAUUGUUACGUAUGCUUGA